AGCAUUUGCAUUUGCCCAUUCUCACGCAUAGUCAAAUUCAACUAUGGAGGUUAAAAUUGAGAGCUCAAAGCUUAUCACACCAUUCUAUGAAGACACUACUCCUCCCCCAACCUCAGACUACGUUCCUCUCACUUUCUUUGAUACUGUCACUUUUGACACUCACAUAGCAUUGAUUUAUGCUUAUCGCUCUCCAAUCCCAUCAAAUGCAGCAAUUGAACUAGGCUUAAAGAAGGUUUUAGCCAAAUACAGGAUUAUGGCUGGUAGAUUCCAUCGGAAUGAAAAAGGUGAACGUGUUGUUCUUCUUAAUGACAAAGGAUCGAGGUUUAUUGAGGCAUCAAUUGAUAUCAAUUUUGAUCAGGUAAUGCCCCUUAAAACCUCUCCAGAUAUACUGAGCCUGCACCCUUCCUUGGAAGGGGUGGAGGAGUUGAUGCAAGUGCAACUCACAAGGUUCAAUUGUGGCUCACUUGUGGUGGGCUUCUCGUGGCACCACCAAGUCGCUGAUGGGUAUUCCACAAGCAGGUUCUUGGUUGCUUGGGGCAGAGCCUGCAGAGGACUGGACAUUGGUCCACUCCCAAUUUAUGAUCGCUCAUUUUUCACCCCUCGAAAUCCCCCGAUUUUCAAGUUCGCACACAAAGGAGCAGAGUAUAAAAUCAAGAAUACUGAAGAUGCGUUGGGUGGUGGAGAGGCCGAGGUCGUUGUGGCGGAGAAAUUUCAUUUCACAUUGGAUUUUCUUAACAAGUUAAGGUCAAAGGCUUCAUCAUCAAUUGAAAGUACAAAUGAAUAUCCUAACAAGCCUUACAGCAAAUUUGUGAGCUUGCUAGCUCAUCUAUGGAGAGCCAUAACAAGGGCUCGUGGACUCACCGGGGUCCAAGAGACCAGCGUGAGGAUUGCAGUUAAUGGUCGCAGUCGAUUGAAGCCGAGAGUGCCCGAUGAGUACUAUGGGAAUGUAGUACUAUGGGCAUUGCCAACUGCCAGAGCUCAGGACCUUUUGAAGCAACCAUUGCAGUAUGCUGCCAAGAUUGUUCAUGAUGCCAUUGUGAAUUUAAACGAUGACUACUUUCGAUCAUUCAUCGACUUCUCCAAGUGCAACGAAGGAAACAAAGACAUUGUGGCGAGCGCAGACGUGAGCGUACAUGUAUUGUCCCCAAAUAUGGAGGUUAAUAGCUGGAUGAACUUCCCAUUUUAUGAGCUGGAUUUUGGAGAAGGGAAGCCUUUUUCAUUCAUGCCUACUUAUUUACCAGUAGAAGGGGUGAUGUUUGUUUGGCCUUCAUUUUUGGAUGAUGGAAGCAUGGAUGCUGUCAUACCUCUCUUCCAGACCAACUUGGAUUCCUUCAAAAAGAUUUGCUAUUCCAUGGACUAAUUCAUGCUUUCUCUAAGCCAUUUCCACAUGUAACAUGUACUCUCUUUUUUGUUCACUGGGACUGUAAUUUCGUUCAUUAUGACUUUUUCUGAUUUUUCUUACCUCCUUUUGU